GUCCGCGCCUUGUACGACUUUGAGCCUGAGAAUAGUGAAGAGUUGCGCUUAAAGGCUGGAGAUGUGAUCGAUCUCAAAGAGGAGCUCGAUGAAAACUGGAUGUUUGGUGCUACACCCGAUGGUCGCGAAGGUAUCUUCCCAUCGAACUAUGUAGGCCCCCUAUAG